CUGGUUGAACCCAACCACUUGACUCUCUUCCUCCGGCCCCCAGAUCCACAUCCACACCGACCCCAGCGACCACCACGGCCGCAGCCUCGCCGCCGGCGUUCCCGGACACAGACCCAGAUCUAGCAACCACCAUGGCAGCGCCGCCGCCGCCGGCGCUCCCGGGCGAGCUCGUCGAAGAGAUCCUCCUCCGCCUCCCGCCCGACGAGCCGGCCUGCCUCCUCCGCGCCUCGCUCGUCUGCAAGACCUGGAGUGGCAUCGUCUCCCACCGCGCCUUCCGCCGCCACCUCCACGAGCUCCACGGGGCACCCCCUGUCCUCGGCUUCCUCCACAACUGGGACGACGAGGUCAUCCCCCGCUUCAUCCCCACCACCGCAUCAUCCUUCUCCCUCGCCGCUCCGCAUCGUCAGUUCUGGCGGGCCCUCGACAGCCGCCAUGGCCGCGCCCUCUUCCUCUCCGAGGGCGAUGGUACGCAGGAACUCCUCCUGUGGGAGCCAACCACGGGCGUCCGGCACCACGUACCGGUGCCCGCGGCGUACGACUACGAGACAGUGUUCCAGCCGAACGCGGCCGUGUUGUGCGCAGCGGACCCGUGCGACCACCGUGACUGCCUCGGGGGUCCUUUCUGCCUGGUCUUCGUCUUCUCCGUCGAGGAAGACACUGACGACGAGGAGGAGUAUGUCACGUCGGCAUGCGUAUACUCGUCGGAUACCGGCACGUGGGGCGAGCUGACCUCGAUGCACGUCGAUUUCUUGAUAGACUUUACAUAUUAUUCGCGGGUGCUCGUUGUGAGGUCUCUGGUGUACUUCAUGGCCACCGGUGGGUCGAUCCUGGAGUACGAUUUAGCAAGGCACGACCUGAAUGUGUUCGAACCACCAGACUAUGAUCUACCCCACUCCGAGAGACUUAACCUCAUUCUGGCAGAGGACGGUGGACUGGGAGUUAGCCAAGCGUUGGAUUCACAUCUCAAAUUGUGGUCAAGGGAGGUAGCAAGUAACGGAACUGAUGCACAAUGGGUGCUAAGCCGGGUCAUCAACCUGAAAAAUUUGCUUCCAAUGCGUGCUCUCGCUCAUGCAGAUUAUAGUUUGCUUGUGCUGGGCUUUGCCGAGGGAGCAAAUGUCAUUUUUGUCAACAUGGUUGCUGGCCUCUUCACAAUUGAGCUACACUCGGAGCGGGUGAGGAAGGUAUGCCAUAAUCAUGGUUUCUGUAAUUUGGUUCCAGUUAUCGGCUUCUACACUCCGCGUUCUAGGCUGGAAGCACUCGGAGAUGAACAUCAUGACCUGCUGCCGCCACUGAACAUUACUGAGGAGGUGGGUGGUGAGGAGGAGGAUAAAACACUACAGCGGGCGCGAAAGCUGUUUGAUAAGUGGUGGAAGGACAUCGAAGAGGGGGGCUUCACCAACACCACUGACUUUUUCAGCCACGCCCUUGAGAUCAGGGUUCCGCUAUCUCCGGGGUGGGCUAGCAUAUUAUGCAGAUGUGGACGUGCCUUGCUAUGCAAAGCUAUGAAGGCAACCAAUCCUUCCAGAAAUGGUUCAAAGAGUUCAUCAAAUGAAGAAUCAAUCAAAAGUACGGCUACAGCCAGCAAAGACGAUAGUGAGUGCUCAGAGGCCUUUGGUAGCAAUGUUGAGCAAGCACCUUCAGAGAAAGUUGAUUCUGAAGAAGGGAAAAACAUGAAUGGCAAAAAUCAGGAGGAUAGGAAUGUGGCAGGUGGCGGUGACGAUUCUGAUUUGGAUCUGGCCUGGAAAAUGUUGCAUGUUGCAAGAGCGAUAGUUACCAAGAGCCCCGACAUGACAAUGGAGAAAGUUGAUAUAUUUCAUGGUCUAGCUGAAGUCUGCAAGAAAAGAGAGGACAGGGACAACGCAAUUGGCUACUACUCCAAAUCUUUAGCCAUCUUGGAGCAUUUGGUUAGGCCUGACCAUAUUCGAAUUGUUGACCUGUAUCCUUUUCGUGGUGAUAAACUGAUUAUAGUGUCAAUCACUCUGCUGUAUAGUAGUAGUACAAAGCAGGAUAUUCACAACCCAAGUGCCGUUUCAUUUUUCUGGUGGUGUAUCACUGUGGUUUUAGGGAUACAUUUAGUCAGUUUAGCUGAAGAUUUUGGUGGCUAAAGUUGUCUUCCAUUUUAUUAGCCACACAUGAUUUCAAAUAAUUUGUGUUGACCCAAAUCUUGCACGGGUUCUUUAACCAGCUUAAAUCCACAUAUAGUGUAUAUUUUUGGGACAACCUGUGAUCACCUUAGGAAAAUAUCAGGUAGAUAAUGCUUGUUUAUUGUAACUAGCAUUGUGGCCCGCACAUUUGUACAGCUAGACAUGUGAUGUCAUGUAUAUUUUCACAUUUUUUUGUAUUAACUCUGAUAUGUUGGUAUGUUAUUGUAAGUAUAAAUAUAAAUAUAUAGUUGAUUUUGUAGAAAAAAAUUAUUGUGAAUAAUUAUUUUAUUUUAUUUUUUCGCAACGGCGCGAAGUGUUAUUCAGCUGAAGGCAUUGGUAGGUUAUAAUUCCAUAUAUAUUUCAAAAUCAUAUUGAAGAUGUAGUUGAACAUAUCUAUCCAAUAUUAUUUGAAUUAAUGACUAAGCACCAUAGUCUAUGACAUACAAAAUCAAAGAAUUUUGUGCUAACCUCCAUCUUUCUCUGUAGCGUCUCGCACCCCUUGGUCUCUAUCUUUCAUACUAAACAUUGAUUAUUCAUGCAUAAACCAUUGUGUUCUCCUUCACUUGUUUCAUCAAUAAGCGUAAUCUUGUUAUUUAUUUUGGU